CUUGGGGGGGGGGGGGUGACGGGAAACAUUUAUUCAUUCAAACAAACAUCUGCCCAGUGACUUUCACGAUUAGAAUCACGUGAGCGAAGAAGACGCGGAUGUUUAUGAGCGAACGGUGACGAACACGAACGGGGGUCUUGUUCAUCUUUGCCCCGACGACGUAACACUCUAAUUUCCCACGCGUCCUUUGUGAACUUGAAGGCGCCCUCGCUGCGGCAAGAGCGACGUCGGCGCUUUGAUUGUGAAGCGACGGACGCCGGAAGUCGCCUUGUUGUUGCUGGCUGGGACGGGCGCACGGGCGAAUGAGAAAAUCAAUUAAGUUAUGAAAAAUAGCAUUAAUUGCCUUUCUUUGUCGCCGCGGCUCGCGAAGAAAUGGCGGACGUGCGAAGGCGGCUCGCCGGCGGAGUCACACGCCUCUCGUAACGGGCUGCGCUGCGGCGGCCGCCAGCAGCAGCAGAAGGAGGCGGAGGAGGAGGCGGAGGAGGAGGACUACUUUCUCGGCUGAGAAUCGCUGUCAGAUGUCCGUCGGGCCGAUGGUCGCCCAAGACCGCGGGGAGACGUUGCCGGCAAAGGGGGGGCCGACCGGAAGAUGCCAAGGAAAAAACAGCAGCAUCCACAGCCAGUCAAGUUGAAUUCAAAAGCCGUCGGAGUCGCCCACCGUGCAGGAAGGGCCCCCUUCCGCUCGGACUUCCUUCUGGAACGCCGCCUUCAAUUUGGUGAUACUUACCGCAGCAGCAAGAUUCUUGGCCUGGAAAAAUUCUCAGAGGUCGCUGCUGAGAUCGGUUUCUCUGUGUAUCCUCUGUGUGAUGAGGACAGCUCCGACUCCUGCGGCAGCGGCAGCAUGGACGGCGAGACGGAAACCUCCCACGGCGGCACCCCCGACCGCGGCCGGGGAGACGAGGGCGGGCCGGGCCGCCCCGAGCCCCCCUUCCCGCCUUACCUGUCGUGCCGGGGCUGCGGCCAGCUCCGCGGCGACCACCUGGGGGCGUCGCUAGACCUGCUGGCCCCUUACUGCCUGCGGUGCUGCAAGGCUUCCCGGGACGCCAAGGCCGGCGGGAGCGGCGGCGGCGGCGACGACUUCGCCUACGGGAGCCUGAGCGGGCUCCGCGCCCACUCGCCGCCGGACGGCGCGGCCGACGACGACGACAAGAACAAGCUGCACUCGUGCCACCUGUGCGGCUUCUCCUCGCGCUACGCCAACCACGUCAAGCGACACAUGAAGACGCACAACGGCGAGAAGCCCUUCAACUGCCCCGUGUGCGCCUACGCUUCGGCGCAGCUGGUCAACUUGCAGCGCCACCUGCGCAUCCACACGGGCGAGAAGCCCUACAAGUGCGAGAGCUGCGCCUUCGCCUGCAGCUCCUUGGGCAACCUCAAGAGGCACCAGCGCAUGCACGCGCCCGCCGGCGCCGGGCCCGAGUCGCACGGCGCGCCCACGCACGCCGCGCUCCGACCCGCCGGCGUCCCCAAGAGAAGGAACGCGGGCGGCCACAGGACCGGCCAAGAAGACGGCGACGGCGGCGACGACGACGACGACGACGACGAAGCGGCCAAGGAGGUGGCGGCGGCCUCGGCCCACCUCACCCUGGCGGCCCAGAACGCCGACUACCUCUCGGCCUUCGACAGCCUGAAAGGGCCGUCGCCGCAGUCCGCCCCCGGCGACGGCGCCAGAGCGAGCAGGGGGGCGCCGCCGCCGCACGCCCCCCCGUCGCUGUUCCCGUUCACGUGCCGACUGUGCGGCGCGGCGCUGGAGGACGAGGACGGCUCGUCGGCGCAGAUCUGCGCCAAGUGCACGCUGGAGAUGCUCACCAAGGACUCGUCGUCGUCGCCCGGCAGCCCCGCCGAGCGCGGCGACAAAGUGUACACGUGCGCCGCCUGCCCCUUCCUCACGCAUUACCCCAACCACCUGGCGCGCCACAUGAAGACGCACAGCGGCGAGAAGCCGUACAAGUGCCCGCAGUGCGACUACGCCUCGGCGCACUUCGACAACCUGAAGCGGCACCACCGCGUGCACACGGGCGAGAAGCCCUACAAGUGCCACCUGUGCGACUACGCCUGCGGCAACCUGGCCAACCUCAAGCGGCACCAGCGCGUCCACUCGGGCGCCAAACCCUUCGUGUGCGCCGUCUGCAACUACAGCUGCAACCAGAGCAUGAACCUCAAGCGCCACAUGCUGCGCCACACGGGCGAGAAGCCCUACAAGUGCCAGGAGUGCGGCUACACCACGGGCCACUGGGACAACUACAAGAGGCACCAGAAGAAGCACGGCCACGCCACCGACGGCUGGGUCAAGAUGGCCCCCGCCGGCCCCGACAAAGGCGGCCACAGGAAAGAGCCCGCCCCCGCCGGCGGCGCCGCGCCUCCGGCGGACGCGGCCUACGCGGCCAGGGAGGGCGCUCACGCGUUACAGCACCCCAACUGGAAACUGGAAAUGGUCUAAAGACGCCGACGCCCGUCACCUUUUCGCGCUUCCGCGAGCGUCCCGACGACCGCCGGUGUCAAAACGACGCGGCGGAGCUACAAAA